AUGUCUCAACCCGACCAAACAAAGAUCGCUUCUGCCACAGUUCAGCAGAGUGACAACAUAGCACACGCUCUGGCUGGGGCGGGCGGGGGAGUUCUUUCGAUGGUCUUGACAUACCCUCUGAUCACAUUGUCCACAAGGGCUCAGGUCGAGUCGAAGAGGGCACACUCAACCGCUCUUGAUGCCGUGCGCCGGAUCGUGCAGCGCGAGGGUAUCUCGGGACUAUAUUCGGGGCUGGAGUCUGCACUGUUUGGAAUCAGUGUCACCAACUUCGUAUACUACUAUUGGUAUGAGUUUACUCGCUCGGCCUUUGAAAAGGCGGCUACCCAGGGAGGUAGGGCCUCCAAGAAACUCACCACUGUCGAGUCUAUGAUCGCCGGCGCCAUUGCAGGGAGUGCCACCGUGCUGAUCACAAACCCCAUCUGGGUCAUCAAUACCCGCAUGACUGCCCGCAAUUCCGAGGAGGCGGAGUCUCUGCCCGGGGUUUCCAAGGCCAAGGCCUCGACAUUUAGCACCCUCAUGGAUCUGCUGAAGCAAGAGGGCCCCAAGGCCUUGUUCGCAGGUGUCCUGCCAGCACUGGUCCUGGUGAUCAAUCCAAUUCUGCAGUACACCAUCUUCGAACAAUUGAAGAAUGUGGUAGAGCGCCGCCGGCGCAUGACACCAAAGGAUGCGUUCUAUCUGGGAGCGCUAGGUAAGAUCCUGGCCACCAGUAUCACCUACCCCUACAUCACCAUUAAGAGCCGCAUGCAUGUUGCCAGUAAGGACGGCCCUAAGGAGAGUUUGAAUGGAAGCCUGAAGCGGAUCAUCCAGGAGGAAGGUUGGAAGGGGCUUUACAAAGGCAUUGGACCCAAGGUCACCCAGAGCGCCAUCACCGCUGCCUUCCUAUUUGCAUUUAAGGAUGUGCUAUACGACACCAUGGUGGCUGCCCGUCGCCGGCACAUCGCUAAAUAA